CGCUGGGCGGGCGGCGAGCGGGCCCGCGAGCUGGUGAGGUGGCGUCGGUCCGGCCCGGUCGCUGCAGUUCUCUGCCAUGCUGAGGCCAGACCCCGGCGCUUGGCCUCUCUGAUCUGGUCUCAGCGUGGAAGGCGCCGAGGGAGCCCAUGGCGGAGCCCUCGGAGUCCGGCCGGCGGGGAGGCGGGAGCGCGGGAGAAGAGGAGGACGAGGAGCGGGAACCGCUGCUGCCGCGGACCGCCUGGGCCCACCCGCGGAAAGGCGCCCCGGGGAGCGCCGUGCGGCUGCUGGAGACUGCCGGGGAGGAUGGCGAGGUCUACCCUGGCGUGGCCGUCGACGAGGAACUGCUGCUCCCGGCCGGGAAGUCUCCCUCCACCGUCUCGCUGAGUCCGUCCUCCAUCCGGGACCGGAGCAGCCACUCGAGUUCAGCAACUACCGGUAUCUCGGAGAUGAAUGCGUUCUUGGAUGACCCCGAAUUUGCUGAUAUUAUAUUGAGAGCAGAGCAAGCAAUAGAAGUUGGAAUUUUUCCAGAAAGAAUCUUCCAAGGUUCAAGUGGAAGUUACUUUGUGAAGGAUCCUAAGAGGAAAAUUAUUGGUGUGUUUAAGCCCAAAUCAGAAGAGCCGUAUGGUCAACUGAAUCCAAAAUGGACCAAAUACGUCCACAAGGUCUGCUGCCCUUGCUGCUUUGGCAGGGGCUGCCUGCUUCCUAACCAGGGGUACCUUUCGGAAGCAGGUGCCUACCUUGUGGAUCAAAAGCUUCAUCUGGGCAUCGUACCGAAAACAAAGGUGGUUUGGCUUGUCAGUGAAACCUUUAACUAUAGUGCAAUUGACCGGGCAAAAUCAAGAGGCAAAAAGUACGCUUUAGAAAAAGUGCCAAAAGUAGGUAGAAAGUUUCACCGCAUAGGACUUCCUCCUAAGAUUGGUUCCUUUCAGUUAUUUGUUGAAGGUUACAAGGAGGCUGAAUAUUGGCUUAGGAAAUUUGAAGCUGACCCUUUGCCUGAGAAUAUUAGAAAACAAUUUCAGUCACAAUUUGAAAGAUUAGUUAUUUUGGAUUACAUCAUCAGAAAUACAGACAGGGGAAAUGAUAAUUGGUUAAUCAGAUACGAAAAGCAGAAAUGUAUAAAGGAAAUUGAUUGUAAGGAAUCAAAAUGUAUUGAUGAUAAGGAAUUGCUUAUUAAAAUAGCUGCAAUUGAUAAUGGUUUAGCGUUUCCUUUUAAACAUCCUGAUGAAUGGAGAACAUAUCCAUUUCACUGGGCUUGGCUUCCUCAAGCAAAAGUUCCUUUUUCUGAAGAAAUAAAAAACUUGAUUCUACCACAUGUUUCUGACAUGAACUUUGUGCAAGAUUUGUGUGAAGAUCUUUAUGAACUUUUUAAGACUGACAAAGGAUUUGACAAAGCCACUUUUGAAAGUCAGAUGUCUGUGAUGAGAGGUCAGAUCCUAAAUCUUACUCAGGCAUUGAAAGAUGGGAAAAGUCCUUUCCAGCUGGUACAAAUGCCUUGUAUAAUCGUGGAACGGAGUCAAGGUGGAGGUCAGGGUCGGAUCGUCCACCUAAGCAGUUCUUUUACCCAGACUGUUCAUUGCAGGAAGCCAUUUUUUUCCUCCUGGUAACAGAUAUAAGAGUAAGAUAAACUGUUGAGAAUUACUGUGACAUUAAAACAUUACGGUAAUGUAAAUCUGCUGUUAAGCGCUCCAGUUGCCAAAACUUCAAAUAAUGUAAGUCUUUAAAGGUUAUAUUUUGAAUGUAGCCAAAAGUUUACAGUUUUUUUUUUUUCCAAAUAUUAAAUUUCUAUUUCAGGGAAGAAGUGAUCUAUCUACUACAUUGUAUUUUUGUAGAAAAUUUGUAUUCUAUGUUGUCGUAGUUUAAAAGGUAAUUUUACACAUGCUGGAAUGACUGUAAUUACCCUGGAAUUCCAAGAAGGAAGAUAAGGUACUUGUUGACCUUGAAUACAGUAACUUUUAAUAUACUUUUUAAACAUUGAGAAGAACGUUCAUAUUAACUCUUCUUACAUUAUGAGAGGCCUUUGAGGGUGAAUCUGAACCUGCUCUUAUAAACUAUGGUAGAAUAGUUAGGUGAUAGAAAAAGCAGGUAAGAAUAAAGAAAGCAAUGUUGCCUUAAUUUUAAAAGCUGCUAUUUUAGAACUUGACUAAAUGCCCCUAAAGUGGCUAUUAUUAGGGACCAGAAAAUUACAUCUCGGUUAAGUAACAGGUGACCAUUCUCUCUUUUGUACUUUAGAUAUUUUUGGGUGAACAAUUUUGUUGCAAUGAGGAGAAAUUCUAAAGACAUUCCCCCCUUAAAAAAAAAAAAAAUCAAACAUUCCAGUGAGACUUGAGGGGAAUAAUAUGAAAUUUAAGUAAAUCUCUAAUAUUUUGCAAUUCCACAAUAACAAUAAAAUUGCCUUUUGUUUUCUUGUGUGGGAUAAGGUACUUGAGAUUAGUACUUCAGAAUAAUGAUCUUGUUCACUUUAAUACUUCAGUUAACAUUAAACUUCACUGACAAGUAAACCAUACCCCAAAUAGUAUAUUGGAUUGCAUUUGGCGGUCCUAGGUUAUAUGUUAAUAAUAAUCAUACUUGAAAUUACAGAUGUUAUUAUAAUUACAGUUAAUUUUAAAUUAUCAGGCCAGUUAAAGGCCAGUGAAGGGGAACAUGACAUAGAUAAGUAUAAAAUCACUUGAUUUGAAUUUAUUUUUGUACUUUAUUUUAAAUAUCAGCAUGUAAGACAUCCUUGGAAUUUGCCGCACUGUGUGAUUUAAAUUGAAAUGAGCCUGACGUGCGGAUGUGAUUGUAGAGAAGCAGAAGCUUUGUUCUGUUCUUCAGGCUCAAAACCAAUAACAUUGCCACUUGGACUAAACUGGGCAAUUUAUGGUCUUGACUUCUUGCUUUUUAAGCUUAUUGUCUUGUGUGGAAGGUAUCUUUGUGGAGAAAUUCUUUCCUGAAGAGGAAAUAGGAUGUAAGGUGGACCUGCAGUGCUCUCCUUGACAUCUUUCUCUCGGUCUUCCUGGACGUGAUGCCUGGGAAUUCUGCUGCCUUAAUGGAAUUCAUUGGAAACCUGUGUGUUCCUACCUCUGCUAACCCUCCAUUGGCUCAAUUUUGAGACAAUGGAAAAUUGACUGGAAGUGCAAAACUCAAACUACUAGCUUUUAGAUAAAUACUAUUAAUUAAAAUGUGCAUUUUGAAGAUGGGUUCAAAAAGAAUAAGUUGCUGUGAUGUGGGUUCUGCUUUUAUUAAACAGUUUUUUCAGUAUUUUGAGAAUUACCAUGUUAAUGUUUAUAAUGAAAAAUUGAGUAGAUUACUACCAUUUUAUAUCGUAAAAUUAAGAUAGUACGAAAAUGUUUUUCAGUGGUCUGACCAUGGCAGAAAAGUAACGUUGAAAUAUUUAACAUGAUUGUAAGUCAGAAUACAUUGGUUGUAUUUUGUGAACUUUCAUGAACUUAAUUCAUAUUUAAAUAUUGUGGGCUUUUUUUCUAAUGGGUAUAUUUAUAGUGUCCAAGGUGAUAGGCUAAAGGUAAUAAAAAUCAUUGUCAUAAAGUUA